AAUGCCAAAGUCACGCGCACCGAGUUCUACUAGGGUUGGCGGCUAACGGCCGUUAGCGGAAAGUGCCGUGUUGUGGGGUUCCCAGUCCGGACCAAACACCUUCGGCAUCGCUGGGUAACCUGCUCUCUGUAUAACCGUUUCUUCAGAGAAGGCAAAUGAGGGCAGAUUUCCAGUUUGUCUGAGAAGCAAAAUAAUAACACAACAAUAGUAAAAAGCCAAAUACUAGUUUGCAAUAUUUGGUGAGAUUUACUGGAUGGACAAAAUGGGAAUAUCGUUUCAAGUUAUAUUUUUACAGUGCAUUGUGGCUGUCCUACUUCAAGAAUGUGAGACAUUACUAAGUGACAGAAUGAGUCUGGAAGUUCACCUGCCAACAGAUGUGUGGCUGAUCCCAGAAGUCAUUUUGAUUGCCACUCCUACGCACCUGCUAGUGGAGGGAGAUGCUCUAAAUCUUACCUGUAUUGAUACAGUAAUUGAAAGUCCCAACUCCACAUUGGUCUACACAAUCCUCAGGGACAACCACACAGUUUCUAGGUCUACGGGGUCUCGGUCCUUCAGUUUCUUCAUACCCAGUGUUGCUAAGAGCGAUGCUGGGUGGUACAACUGUUCAGUCACUGACCCACUGAGGCUCCAGAGAUACAGUGGGGGGAUACAGGUCACUGUGGAAGAUUUAUUUCAGAAAGUGGUUCUGAUGUCAACACACGAAGGGGCAUUAGUCAUGGAGAAGGAGUCUCAGACCCUCCGCUGCAUGGCCUUUAUCCACAAGCUGAGGGCAGCACGCACCAAUGUGACCUACGUCUUUCUGAAGGCAGGGCAGCCCAUAGCAAGCAGCAGCUCUCCUGUGUUCCACAUUGCCAGCACCGAGAGGAGCGAUGCUGGCAGUUACAGCUGCAUGGCCCGCUCAGGGACAGCUGUCGGACACAGUCCAGAGGUCCAUCUUGAGUUAUAUGAACAUAUUCCAAAACCCACACUGACGGCCAUGCCCCCGAGUGGAAGGGUGUACACAGAGGACCAGAUAGUCCUGAAGUGCAAGCUGGAUGCCUUUGUUGGCUGGACGUACUACUGGUACAAAGACAGGAAGGAGGCCUACCCAGUGGAGCAGAACUGGGGCAGCAAAGGAGUCAGAGCCAAGUACAUAAUCUGGAGGGCAUCUCUCGAACACACCGGGUGGUACUGGUGCAGAGCAGGGAGAGGGAGCCCCAUCUUCUACACAGACUACAGCGAGCCUCUCUUCAUUAAUGUCACUGCUAAGCUGAUCUCAGAAGUCAUUUUGAUUGCCACUCCUACACACCUGCUAGUGGAGGGAGAUGCUCUGAAUGUUACCUGUGCUGCUACAAUAACUGAAAGUCCCACCCCUACACUGGACUACAUCAUCCUCAAGGACAACCACAUGCUUUUCAGGUCUACAGGGUCUCGAUCCUUCAGUGUCAUCAUACCCACUGUUGCUGAGAGAGAUGCUGGGUGGUACAACUGUUCUGUCACUGACCUAUUGGGGUUCCAGAGAUGCAGUGAGGGGAUACAGGUCACUGUGGAAGAUUUAUUUCAGAAAGUGGUUCUGAUGUCAACACAUGGAGGGGCAUUAGUCAUGGAGAAGGAGUCUCAGACCCUCCGCUGCGUGGCUUUUGUCCACAAGCUGAGGGCAGCACGCACCAAUGUGACCUACGUCUUUCUGAAGGCAGGGCAGCCCAUAGCAAGCAGCAGCUCUCCUGUGUUCCACAUUGCCAGUACCGAGAGGAGCGAUGCUGGCAGUUACAGCUGCAUGGCCCGCUCAGGGACAGCUGUCGGACACAGUCCAGAGGUCCGUCUUGAGUUAUAUGAAUAUAUUCCAAAACCCACACUGACGGCCAAGCCCCUGAGUGGAAGGGUGUACACAGAGGACCAGAUAGUCCUGAAGUGCAAGCUGGAUGCCUUUGUUGGCUGGAAGUACUACUGGUACAAAGACAGGAAGGAGGCCUACCCAGUGGAGCAGAACUGGGGCAGCAGAGGAGAUGGAGCCAAGUACAUAAUCUGGAGGGCAUCUCUGAAACACACCGGGUGGUACUGGUGCAGAGCAGGGAGAGGGAGCCCCAUCUUCUACACAGACUACAGCGAGCCUCUCUUCAUUAAUAUCACCGAGCUUUUCACCAGUGUGGGACUGACCGUGUCCCCAGGGACAGUGCUGAGGGAGGGGCAGCCCUUCCAUCUCACCUGUGAGGCCCAGUUGAGCAAAAGGCAGAAGGCCCUGCCCCCCACCACUGCCACAGUAAGGAUUCUCUUCACUUUCUGGAGAAAUGGUGAACCCCUGGGCAGUUCUUUGGACUCGGCGACUUACAGCAUCAGUGAAAUGCUUAGCUGCCACGCCGGACGAUAUGUCUGUAGUGCGAGCUCUGGGAGAGCCGAGAAGCGCAGCAGGGAGGUACUCAUCACCUUAGAUGAUCCCAAAGUCACUCUGACAGCAGUUCUUGGAGCAGUGCUGCUCAUCGUCAUGGUAACUGUGGCUUUAGUAACGAAAAUCUUGUGUGUUAGAGGUUGCACAGCUCAGCGGCAUAGGGCCGGCAGUCCAGGGGGAGCGACACUGCAGGCGGAGCUGACGGAGUCGGUGGAUGUCAGGUUGACUUCAAUACCCUUCACUGCUGCUGGUGGUGGAAUAAGCACCGUUUCUCCUGGGGGCAGUAGUUCUUUUCCAUUGCAGAGAGUGUAAUUAACAGUAAUUCACAGUGCCUUCCCUUCUAGCUGCUUAGGUAGCAGCUGCCAACCAAUACACCCUUUGCACCAAAGAAAAUAAAACAUUUGAGACAGCAGCAGAGUCUCUGAGUAUUCCCCACAGUCUGUAUAUUGAUGAUGGACCGUCGCCCCGCCGUUUUGAGCUAGGUAUUGCCCUUGUAGUUACUUCCUAUUACCACAUGAUGGCGACAAAAUUCCAUUUUUAAUCCCACAGACGAUUAGUGGGCCUUACCCUGUUAUAAAACCUGCAGUACAGAAAAGAAAGAGGGGUAGUUGUUUAAAAUUCGUGGCUUGGGAUACAGGUGUAAAUAAAAGGCAAUAGAUUCAA